AUGUCCUAUCAUGUCGAUGGUAGCCACCUUCCCAGCCACGGCGACAGUGAAGCGCCUCGACCGCGACCGCGUUCAUUGAUGGCGAUCAACCAAUCGUCAUCAUACACGGACACCGCAUCCGCAUCCUCGUCACCGUCCGCGUCGAGGAAAGCAGCCCAUCGAUCGGCAGCAUCCAUCUCGUCGUUGUCGAGCCUCUCGCUGACGCAGAACGACUACCCCCGCCCCGGCACGCUCUCACCGACACCCAUGUCGCACUCGUACUCGCAGGCGUUCGCAUCCACGCUCGGCGAUCGAGACGACCACACCGCCAACCAGGCCACAACGAUCGCAAUCAGAGGUCCCGAGGGCGCCAUCAUGGACCACGCCAAGAUGCAGAACAAGGUCUUUUGCAACUGGUGCGUACAACGUGGGUGCGCAGAGGCCUCUUACACCAGGCCGAGCGCGCCUGCCGGCCCCCACCACCGUCUUGUUCGGCUGGCGUCAAAUCCCGAAGCGAGCAAUCGUUCAGGUUAACUGCGCGUAACAAGCUCUUGCUUGCUAACGGUGUCCACAAUCCGUUUAUGGCGCAUCUAUAGGGUCAACUCUCGCCUCGAACCGCGCGGAUUCGAGCCCGUGGUCAACCUCAGUCAAGAUUUUCAUGACGGCACAAAGUUGAUUGAGCUGGUGGUGAGCAUUGGCUUCCCGUUGUCUGCUUCUAUAUAGUCUGCUCUGAUUUUCAAGACCGCAUCUCAUUUCGGUUCUACAGGAAGCUUUGACCGAACAGUCUUUGGGCCGGUACAACCAGAUGCCGACCCAUCGCGUGCAAAAGUUCGAAAACGCCAAGCUUGCCUUGGACCGCAUCAAGGAGAUGGGCGUGCACCUCACCAAUAUUGGUGCCGAAGGUACAUUCUAAACCCCCUCCAUGUCCGGUCCAAAUCUUACUAUCUGAAUAUAUUUUUUACACUGCGGACCCUCAGAUAUCGUCGAUGGAAAUCUCAAACUCAUCCUAGGGAUGAUCUGGAGCAUGGUCUUGCGAUUUUCUAUCGCCGAUAUCUCGUGAGCCGUCACCUUCACAAAUUCGCAGUAAGGAUUAGAUGCUGAUCUCGCCUUUGUGUUGCUUUGAUGUAUACAGGGAGGAAGGUUCGCACGCCAAAGAGGGUCUCUUGCUGUGGUGCCAACGCAAGACGCAGGGAUACGAGGGUGUGGACGUCCAGAACUUUACGCGAAGCUUCCAAGAUGGGCUGGCAUUGUGAGUGGCCCGUGCUGUGAGACCCCAGAUGUGCCUGUCACCAAAUCUGACACUUAGACUGUGCUACUUCUUCAUAGCUGCGCUCUCAUUCAUCGUCAUCGACCGGACCUCAUCGACUGGGACUCUUUGCCCAAAGAUCCAAGGCGUGCCGCAGACAACCUGAGAAAGGCGUUCAAGAUCGCAGAAGAGAGGCUUGGCAUCAAGGUGCGCACAACACAUGCUAAUUUAUUUUGACAUGUCUCUGACUCGACCGAUCUGGUGCGCUAUCAUUAACAGCAAUGGCUCGAUGUCGAGGACGUCUGCAAUCGAAAACCCGACGACAAGUCCAUCAUGACCUACGUUGCCCAGUUCUUCCAUGCCUUCUCUACUACAGGUAAGCAGACACUACUCUUACACCGAUUCUUCAGCCGUCUCUCACGCCCGACAUAACGAACAGCCCAAACCGAGACCGAAGCUCGGGUGAUUGGCAAUUUCGUCGACAACAUGUCAUCGCUCAUGUCAGCCGUGCAUGAUUACGAGCGCCGCGUUGGACAGGUGAUUUGGCCAUUCCUGCCUUAGUAAUAUUUUUUGAUGCUUCAGCUGACAGAGCCGUUUGUGUAUUCUAGCUCCUUGACUCUUUUACAAUCGCGGAACAGGGAUGGUCUCAGCCGCUCCCACCACAAAUUUCGUUCGUUCAACUCAAGGCGGAGCAAACUGCGGUUGAAGAGUUCCGUCGAACCGAAUUGCGAGCCUGGGUGACUGAGCGUGUGGACCUAGCGACACUGCUCAUCAACAUUCAGACGAAACUCAAGACGUAUGGAUUGAGGGUCUACCAGCCAACGGAGGAGUACUCGAGCGAGGUGAGUCGGCUAACAAGGUUUGAUGGUCCUUGCCACGAUUCCUUCCCGAACUGAUGUUGGUAUUCGUUUCUGUCUCAGUACAUUGCUACGUGCUUGAACUCGGCCCGGAAUGCGGAAUUGGCACGGAAACAGCUCAUUUGUGGAGAAAUCAGGAGGUGCGAAUGAACGAACUCGAGCUCGGGUGGGAUUUUCCGAUGUGCUGACGAUGCCUCUUUGGAUCACGGCAGACUGCAAGACGAAGCGUUGGCGCACGUUGUCGAAUUGGCUGAAGCUCUGAGUCGGAAGAUCUCGACUCUCCACUCAAGGCUUUCUGGCCUCGCCGGGACGCUCGAUGUAUGUAUUUGCAUCACGUCUGUGAUGGGUGCCGUCCCCGCGCUGAAUCUGAAGUCGCUUUCGUCUCUUUGAACCCAGUCCCAACUCGAAUGCACACGCAUGGUGCUGUCGAGCCUCCCAUCGCUCACACACGGUCUCGACGCUCUGCAUGCAGCUGAAGAGAAUCUGAUCGCAUGUGAAGUCUCCCCUUUGGUCCCACGCGGCACCGUCCACUCGCACGAAAGCCUGGACUUCGAGCUAGAACUCGUGGCAUCAAGUGCGAAGGGACGUAUCGCGUUCAUUGACAACCAGGUCCGUUUGGCUUAAGGUCGAUGCAUGGCAAAGGUGGCUCUACUGACACCUGCUUUGCCCCAUCUCCUCAACUAGAUCAUCGCCCGGAAAGCUAGUUCUGUCUCGCCGGAGGAAAUGGAGGAGUUUGAAUCGGUCUUCCGCGCCUUCGACAAAGACGGGGACAAUCACCUCGCGCUCGAAGAACUGGAGGGAGCUCUAGGGGCUUUGGGCAUCUCGGAGAUCGUGAGUACUUGUGUCCCCUCGCUGUUGAUACAUGCGAUUCAGGGACGCCAGCUGACUGUUGAUGGCUCCUUGCGGUCAUGCCGUAGAAUUUGGCGGAGAUGCAUGAUUCGAAUCAGGGAGAACUGGUCUCGUUUUCAGAGUUUAUCACGUUCCUGGUGAGGAUCAUCACACCUCGCUCGAAUUGAGCGAUGCCCCCGUCGACUGACAGCGCUCUCACUCUACAUCCUCGUUGCAGGUUCAACGCAGCGAAGACCGAUUGACGGCCGAAAAAGUCCGGUCUUGCUUCCACUCCGCAGCGGCCAACAAGGUACGUUCCCUCGUAUUCCAAGAGCGCAGUCAUUUAAUGAAGACUCGCACAAUGCUUCACCUCUCGAUACCACAGGGCUACGUCACUGAACUCGAUCUGACCCGACUCGACUUGCCCACGACCUCGGUCGAGUUCCUCAAGGAAUGGAUGCCGCAAGUCGAGGUGGACGGAACCGAAGGGCAGAGUGAAGAGGGGGCCUGUUACGAUUAUGAGACUUUCUUGGAGACGUUCGUCGAUUAG